AUGGAUGACUCGGCGGCAUCGAUCCCGGCGGAGACUACCUCGCAUCUGGUAGAGAUCCACGGGGUGCUCGACGCCCUCGACAAGCACAACCUCGUCCCUGCCGAGAGGUGGUUCGAGAAGCGACGGAAAGCUUUGGAGAGGGUGGGGAGCUCGUUGGAGUUCCAGCUUGCCCGAUUGCGUUUCCUCCGUUUCUUGGAGAGCGCCGACCCGGGGAAAAGACGAGAAGCGAUGAUGUAUGCAAGGGAGCGAGUGAUGCCCGUGGCGGGGCGCCACAUGCGGGAGUUGCAGGAGCUCAUGGGGAGCCUCCUGUGGUCGGGAAACCUGGAAGCUUCGCCUUACAGCCACCUCCUCUCCCUGGAGCUGUGGACUCGCGUGAAGGAGUCGGUGGCGGUCGACGCCAGCCGGGUGUCCGGGCUGUCGCGGGAGAGCAUCCUCUCCGUCGCUUUCCGGGCUGGGAUCCUGGCCCUGCCGACCCUUGUGAAGAUGGCGGCGGUGGUGCGGGGAAGCAACCAGGAGUGGAACGGGAUGCAGGAGCUGCCGCUGGAGGUGCCCCUUCCGCCGGGCUUGCGCUACCACAGCAUGUUCUCCUGCCCGGUCUCGAGAGAGCCAAGCACCCUGGACAACCCACCGGUCCUGCUCAAGUGCGGGCAUGUGGUGCUCCGAUCGAGCGUCAGCCGCCUCGCGAGAAAUGGAUCGAGGUUUAAGUGCCCGACUUGCCCCGUCGAGCAGAUGGAGAACGAGACCAUGCCUCUCACACUCUGAAUUUCGAUAGGCGUUCAAAGUAGUUGGUCGUCGCUUAGCUAAGCUGGUCAGAGAGAGAGAGAGAGAGACGGAAAGAGAGCGAAGAGCGCGUCUGAAAGUUUAACAGGCGUUUGUGAAAGUCAGCAGGCAGCAGUUUGUUUGGAUGCUACGUUGUCAUUCGGCGGUUCGGGUGUGUGUGUCAUGACAGGGCUACGGCGACUUUUGUUGUAAGAACGACUAUGGACGAUUUUCGCGUGUGAACUUUGUUGCUCUAUUUCUCUCCCUCUCCCUCUCUCUCCCUCUUUGGCCACGACCUUGAGCAAGGAAUGAAAACACCGACCGGGCGGCAGCAUUGUUGCCACGACCUUGAGCAAGGAAUGAAAACACCGACCAGGCGGCAGCAUUGUUGUAGGAGGUUUGUGAACACCCUACCAGGUCUCCGGUGUCUGCGUGUACGGCCGGGUCAAGCGUAAAGGGACAGCAGCAGUUUUCGUUGUUGUGGAAAACUUUUGUGGCGUUUUGCGGAGCUUUUGUGACGGCGUUGGUUCAUUCGCCGCUGGGAGCACGACGACGAAACGGGCCGCUGUGUGUGCAUCUUUGCUUGCUGUUUUACCGAAGCAAGAAGCGGGAGACCAGGGGAGACUCAAAACCUGUUUGCACCAUGUAAGUAUUGAAGCUGUGACGGCGUAUUUUGUGGAGGUUUUGUAGUUUUUUAAUGUUCGACUGUACAGCAGUACCACCGGUAUGUAUUUCGUUGGUGCUAGGAUUGGGCCAGAGCGCAGAGCGUACUCAAUUCACGCGAACGGGUUAUCUCUGCGGUUCGGUGCUCGUCAGCUGCUUGCUAUGUGAACGCUUGGGGUUCGAUGCAAUGCAGGCGGCGUGUCUUGCCAUUGGUGGGGGCUGAGUGCUUGGAAGGCGAAGGUUCGAACUGACCCUAAAAAACCUGUAGAUUUGUUUUGUAAGUGGCCAUGUGUCUCCGGCAGUGUAAGCGUUGAUCUGCUUGGAUGGAAUUGGGAUCAUCCAGAGAAAUACGCUUUGCACCAGCUCAGGUUGGAUUUUGGUAACAGGAUCCAUCCAUCAGUGGUGUUUCCCCCCCUUUCGGUGAUUCAUCGUUUCGUUGUGCCUGCCUGUCACUUCGAUGCAAAAGGGAGAGAUGUCGUUGUGUGCUGCUCGGGAAACCGUAGAAAUACAGGUAGUUCCCGCUGACGCUAUGAAUACAUUGGCAAUCUAUCCGGAGACUCUUUUUCAAUUGAUAUGGAUCGAGAUGGAUUCGUUGUGUCAUACUACGAAAAAUAAUAAAAAGAUGCUGCGAUUCCACGGUAAUAGUGGGCGAGGGACCCGAUUGUGUUCCUCGUCUUGAUUUGUUUUCGUUUUUGUUCACCUGGAUUUUUUUCAGUGGCGAAAUGGGGAUCGCUCUUCGAGGUUGUAUCACGCCUUCCGUCUUUUUGGAAGCACCUGAAGGAAGAAGUACACUCUGGAAUGAUACCCCCCUCAGCCUUUCAUUUUGGGUCUUAUUGCAGCUCGACUGAUUCCAAUGUGUCGCGUCGCCGUCUGCGUGCACUUUGAUGGAGCGAUUUCUAAUAUCCGCCGCGGUUGGUUGUUGGUGGACUUGCAACAACGCUACUUCGGUUCGUGUGUGUAUCAAAUGACAUUUAUUUUCCUUCUUCGCCUCGGGUUGGACUCUAGCAUCUUCGUUGCGCCAAAGAGGGAAAGAGCCAACCGGCCUCGUGCAUGCACCAAUCGGUUGGCGGGUCGAAUGUCACGUGCACGUCCCACUUCGGGUCCCACUUACGACAGAACAAGUAAGGAUUGUACUCUUCUCUUUCUAUAACUGCUGAGUGACUUCCCAAGGUAGUCUGGUCGGUUUUCCCGUUGGGAGUGCGCCCCUCGAUUGGCACCACUUGUUGGUUUUUUCAGAGAGGAUUGUCGGUUUAGUUUCUGGCAUGCCGCGUGCAAGUUUGUCAGUUUCCUAAGGAACUGGCGCAACCACAUGUAUGGGGUCAGGUCGCAUUUGCGGUAAUACAAGUGUUUCAUAUCCC